AUGGGGGUUUUGUCGAGAGGCGUGGAUGGAGUACAGGCUUAUUCUAUUGAGAAUAUCAUGGGGUGUCGCUCUUCCAUCGAUGUAAAGGGCUCAUUUGAAGCACCGAAUGAAGGGCGUUGUCGUCAAUCUGUUUUUGUGUCGCCUUUAAUUCCUUCGGAAGACGAAGAGUAUGCUGCUGAGGCCUCUGAUGGCAGUUUUAGGCAGCAUCCUCCAUUCAAUUGUGAUGCUUCUGCUCUUCCUGGUGUGAUGAAAAAGACAGAAUACGUGUUUGGAUAUUCUAAUGAAUCAGAUGAAGAAACUGAGGGAAACGUGAAAAAAAGUGGAGAUGUGGAUAGGAAGGGAGACAUGGCAUCACUUCUGAGUGCUUUUGAGCAGAUAGUGGGUACGUUGCGAAGAGAUUUAAUAUCAGAUUUAAAAAGCGAAAUAGAGUUGUGGCGCAUUUCUGUAGAGGGAAAAGUUGGGGAUGUUUCCGUUGGUUUGCCACAAGCCUCCAAGAACAGUAAUGUGAUCGGGGGUCGGCGCGCAGAGGAGAACGUUGGGCACUCUAGGACUGUGCGGGCCCACUUGGCGAAUGCGUUUCGUAAGGAUUAUUGA